AGAGCAGCUCCCCGCCAGCCCCCAGGCCUCAGCCCCCUGGGUCCGAGGAAGCCGGGGGGGACCCCCGCUCGGUCCAGGUGACUCCACUAGGUGUGCCCAGUGACAUCUCGGGCGUGCUUUUAUGGCUGGCGGUGGCACCCCGCGCACGCCGGCUCGUAUUCCUCGCAGGAUGGUGCUUCUCCGGAGCCCCGGCACCGCUUCCCGUCCAAAUUGAGGAAUAUAGGGAGAAAACAGCCUCAGACAGGAGCCCAUGAAGACCGCGAAGACAAUCUGAAGUAGCAAUUGUGACUGGUAUUCUUGCUAGACACCUUCUGCCUGAGCAUCUGAAAUGAACCUCUUGCAUUGAUUGUUUUGAUUGGCCCAGAGCCAGGAGUACUGGAUUCCGUUGACUUCAGGCUAAAAAGAAAACAGUCUUGAUUGUCAUCACAAACAUACGAACCAGUGUGAUGGUGAAAUGAGAUGAGGCUCCGAAAUGGAACUGUAGCCACUGCGUUAGCAUUUAUCACGUCAUUCCUCACUUUAUCUUGGUAUACUACAUGGCAAAAUGGGAAAGAAAAACUAAUUGCUUAUCAACGAGAAUUUCUUGCUUUAAAAGAACGUCUUCGAAUAGCCGAGCACAGAAUCUCCCAGCGCUCCUCUGAAUUGAAUAGCAUUGUCCAACAGUUCCGGAGUGUAGGAGCUGAAACAAAUGGAAGCAAGGAUGCAUUGAAUAAGUUUUCAGGUAAUACCCUAAAGCUACUAAAGGAGUUAACGAGCAAAAAAUCCCUUCAAGUGCCAACUAUUUAUUAUCAUUUGCCUCAUUUAUUGCAAAAUGAAGGUAGCCUUCAGCCUGCUGUGCAGAUCGGCAGUGGAAGAACGGGAGUUUCAAUAGUAAUGGGGAUUCCCACAGUGAAGAGAGAAGUUAAAUCUUACCUCAUAGAAACUCUUCAUUCCCUUAUUGAUAAUCUGUAUCCUGAGGAGAAGUUGGACUGUGUUAUAGUAGUCUUCAUAGGAGAGGAUUUCUGCAGAGACAUCUGGAGAUGGUUUCAUCGGGGCCCCUUGAUAUGCCAGGAGUUUCUUAGCCUUUCUGCUACAGAUAUUGAUUAUGUACACAGUGUUGUGGCCAACCUGGAGAAAGAGUUUUCUAAAGAAAUCAGUUCUGGCUUGGUGGAAGUGAUAUCACCCCCUGAAAGCUAUUACCCUGACUUGACAAACCUAAAGGAGACAUUUGGAGACUCGAAAGAAAGAGUGAGAUGGAGAACAAAGCAAAACCUCGAUUACUGUUUUCUCAUGAUGUAUGCUCAGGAGAAGGGCAUAUAUUACAUUCAGCUUGAAGAUGACAUUAUUGUCAAACAGAAUUAUUUUAAUACUAUAAAAAACUUUGCACUUCAACUUUCUUCCGAGGAAUGGAUGAUUCUAGAAUUUUCCCAGCUGGGCUUCAUUGGUAAGAUGUUUCAAGCGCCAGACCUUACUCUGAUCGUGGAAUUCAUAUUUAUGUUCUAUAAGGAGAAACCCAUCGAUUGGCUUCUGGACCACAUUCUCUGGGUCAAAGUCUGCAACCCUGAAAAAGAUGCAAAACAUUGUGAUAGGCAGAAGGCAAAUCUGCGCAUUCGCUUCCGACCCUCCCUCUUCCAGCAUGUGGGUCUGCAUUCAUCCCUGUCGGGAAAAAUCCAGAAACUCACGGAUAAAGAUUACAUGAAACCAUUACUUCUUAAAAUCCAUGUCAACCCUCCUGCCGAGGUGUCUACUUCCUUGAAAGUUUACCAAGGACACACACUGGAGAAAACGUACAUGGGGGAGGAUUUCUUCUGGGCCAUCACCCCGGUAGCUGGGGACUACAUCCUCUUCAAGUUUGAUAAGCCAGUCAACGUAGAAAGUUAUCUCUUCCACAGCGGCAACCAGGAGCAUCCGGGAGAUAUUCUGCUCAACACAACUGUGGAAGUUUUGCCCUUUAAGAGAGAAGGUUUGGAGAUAAGCAAAGAAACCAAAGACAAACGAUUAGAAGAUGGCUAUUUCAGAAUAGGAAAGUUUGAGAAUGGUGUUGCGGAGGGAAUGGUGGAUCCUAGCCUCAAUCCCAUCUCGGCCUUUCGCCUGUCAGUCAUCCAGAACUCUGCUGUGUGGGCCAUUCUUAAUGAGAUUCAUAUUAAAAAAAUCACUAAUUGAUCAUCUAAGAAACCAACAUGUUUUCCGGUGACUCUGUUAAAGAUAACUAAGCAUGUACUUUUUUUUUUUUUUUUUUUUUUUAAAGAAACUUGAACACUACCUCUUGUGAAUCUACUGUAGAUAAGACUAUUGCUAUUUCCACUUGGAAAGCGAAUCUCCCAAGGAUAAUUGUAUUGAUUUGAACUAUGCUGGUCUCCAAUUUUAACUUGACGCUAACAUUUUACAAUUAUGACAGCCUGUUAUUAGGACUUGUACUGUUUUGGUAUUAUACUAAUACAUGGAGUUGUACAUAUUGUUACAUUCCUUAAAUUUGAGAAAAACUAAUGUUAAAUACAUUUUAUGAAGGGGGUACUUUUGAAGUCCAUUUAUUUUACUAUUAUAGACCCUCUUUUAUAGAUUAUCAGGGAUUAUAUAUAUAUAAAUAUAUAAAUAUACAUAAAAUGUUAUGGAGUUAAUUUAUUAGAAACACUUAAGGAGUACAUAUUUUUGUGCAGUAAAUUUUUGAAUUGAUACUUUUUUUGAGAACCAGUUAUCUUGCUUUAUUAAGUUCUUUCUAUAUUUUUCUUUGGAAAUGCAGACAUUAUAAAUCAAUGCCAUUUUUCAAAUGCACUGCCAUUUAAGACUGAUUAUAGAUGGAUUUCUUAACUGAAGUACUUUUAUAAUCACAGUGAUUCUAAACAAAAUAUUUUCAAAGGCAUUUGUCAUUCCUUAAAGCCAAGAUUUUAAAGACCCAACAUCUUCUUGAGAGUUACUUCACUGUACUGUGGUAUGUAGCCAUAGAAAAUCAGUCCGACGAGUCUCAGUGUGCAGGCGUGAAUCAGCACGGACUCGACUCGCUGUCUCUGGUAUGGAAGGCGGCAAACUCUUCCUUCCUUUUUAAUCUUUGUCUUUAAUCCAUGAGUUAGAUGCAUUCUCUUUUCUUGUUGAUCCUUUUAUAUCUGCUCUCAUUUGAGUUAGUGUUUUUAGGUAAUGUUAAUGGGUCAUAAUGGAUAUAAUUUUAAAGAAAAAUAAAAUUAUAAUAUAGGUUUGUGGCAAAAGGUAGUAUAGCAGAUGUAUGUUUUUCCAGUAUGAUUUAUUCUGUAUUGUGAUCUUAUAAGAAAAUUCUGUGUCCAAAAGCAUUUAUUACCUUAAACAGCAGUUCCAAAUAUCACUACUGUCAACAAAGAAUAUUACCAGCCUCAGCAGUGGGUGAUCUUUACAGAAGUGCUUCACUUUUAAACGGGAGCUAUCAACGCCAGUCCCCAGCCAGGCUACUCUGACAACCCCAUGGGUUACAGGUGUGUUGCAGGAUUGCACAGGUGGGUCCCCUGAGCUUUCUGAGUGGCCCUGGCUGAGGCUGAGGGCUGAGAGAGGUCCCACAGCUGGUAACCUCUCGCCUGGAGGAGCUUCACCGCUCUUGAGUGUGUGGGAUGCUGCCCUUGCUGUGCAGGAUGAAGGGGAGGCUGGGAGACGCCCAUCUGGUUCUGUCGCCCCCACUCUGUUGUACUGUUUAGUUUCCUUGGUCAACAAGUCCACCGUGUUGCCAAUGAUUCUGAUGUCAGAUUUCAGUUGAAAUUUUUAAAUACCCUGUCCCAGAGCCCAUAAGCAGAUUUCUUUCAAACAGAGGAAUUGCCUUUUGCUAUAAAUGUUGGCACCAGCUCAGCGUUCUAAAUCACUACUAAAGCACUUGAGUGACAGAAGGUGAAGGUCUGUGCAGAUGGGCUCAGGAGACCCCUGGGGUCCUGGAUCCUCAGUAGCAACUGUGACUUCAGAAGGAAAAGCCAACCUAGCAGACAAAGUGGUGUUGCUCCUCGGGCCACUUGUCAGGGCUUCUUGAAGAUGCUGGGUUCAGCCCAGUGAGGCCCACACCCCAGCUUCUGCUCCUCUCGCCAUCACUCACAGACUCUCCCUCCUCCCUGUGGCUUUGUUCCCUGUGCCUAGAACAUGCCAGACACAUGGCAGGUGCUAUCCCCUCUGAGCCAGUGGACCAGCUCUUGCAGCCCGCCCCCUCCCCCUGGCCUGGCCACCCACGCACAUGCACCUGCCUGUCCAGCCGUGACUGCACGUGUGCGGUCCCUGAGCUCCUGCAGACACCUGCGUGUCACGCCACUUUUCCUCUGUCCUCCACCACAGCAGUGGACUCGCCUGGCCUCCGCGUUGGUUGCCCCUCCUUUCCACCAGGUCCUGUGCCAGACUAUUGACAGCAGUCGUGCUUUCCCCAAGCAAGAUCGUAGUCGUGACCCUGAAGGGUAUAGCGGGCAAAGAACACCUGGAACCAGAGUACUUGCACUUGACACUGAACCACUUGACCCAAAACAGUGGAUGGGGAAAAUGUCACACACACAUAUAUGUGUGUAUAUAUAUAUAUAUUAGUCCUACCCCCUGAUGUGGAUUGGCAUCUGGUGUAUAUUCCAGGUAAACUACUCAAGACUCUUGAGCAGUGCAUGCCUGCCUGUGCACAAGUCACUAGACACACAGCUUUUCAAAUUAAUAAAAAAUCAGUUCUGCAGUUGAACUUGCAGCGUCUCCAGUGCUCGGUGGCCAUGUGACAAGUGGCUACUGCAUUGGCCCCAGAGAUGGAGAACAUUUCCAUCAUGUAGAAAGUUCUGGUGGGAAGUACUAUGUGGAACACAAUGUGAACACUUCAGAACUAGAAUUAAAGAGACUUCGGAUGACAGGGUUAAAAGCAGACAUGAGCGUACCAUCACACAACGGAUGAGUGUUUGGGGCGAGAAGAGAAAGUCAAGGGCCAAUUUCUAGCACCGGAGGUCCAGGGUCUCUUAGUUCUGGAUCUAGACAUAGGCUAGACAUACAUGUGCACAUUCAGCCAUUAGAGAUGUCUUUGAACCAAGAUUCUGUCUGUACAACUUUACAGAUCAGCUGCACAAAAUAUUAGGUACAUUUUAAAAGUCAUCAGCAAACUUGUAAAGGCUUCUUUUAAAUUUUUAAUAAUAAUAAAAUGUCUCCCAACAGUAUUGUCUCUCAAAGAAGUUUGGAGAUAUGGAAAUAGCGUGUUUGGAGAGAGCAUUCCAGCUCAUAGCAGCGUGUUUGUAGUAGACAGAAUUCUAAGAACAACUCCUUUCCUGGAACCUUGUAUAAUAUCCUCCCCUUUGAGUGUGGGUAGAACUGUAUGAUCCAUGAUUAUGUAAUGUUAUGUAGCAAAAGAUUAUCUGGGGACGACUAAUCCAGCCUCCUGAGCCCUUUAAAAGCUGUUUUCUAAGACUGGUAGUGAGGUCACAGAGUCAAAGUAGAACUCAAAGCACCAUUGCUGAUUUGAAGUGGGAGGGGUCACAUGGGAAGGAAUGCAGGUGACCUCCAGGAGGGUCUGGCUGUCAGCCAGACAAAUGAGACAUACAGCCCUAUAGCCACAGGAGCCGACUCAGGCCACAAGCUCCUGCAUGGGCUUGGAAACGGAUUUGUCCCCAGAUAAGCACCAGCCUGGCCAGCCCCUUGAUCCUGGCUUUGUGAGACCUAAUCGGAGAGCUCAGCUGAGCCUGCUGGGACUUCUGACCAGAACUGCGGAGUGAUAAACGGGUGGUGUUUUAUGUUGCUACGUUGUGGCAGUUGUCGUACAGCAGAAAAUGAGUGUGUCAUUAGGAGACUUCGUACUGGAUUAUCUGUAGUGUGUUGGGUAUUUCUUCAUAGGUGCAUGAAUAGUCUACUAGCAAGUCAUAUUCCUGAGCCUCAGCUAGGAUGUUUUGUGCCAGAGAUCUGUCUUCAUUGGAAGUUUGUGGGCAAAAUGUGGUGUUUUAUACAAAAACUGUUAGAAUGAGUUGUAGGAAUAGAAAUGGAGGAGCCUUUUUUCCUAGGCGAGCUAUUCAGUGAUUUAGAAUAGACUGCUCUUCACCUGUCAUAUAUAUACAAAAGGAGGAUAAAGUGAUAUUUCAGGGCAGACACCAAAUUAAGAGAAAUAACUCCUUCCUGUAUGUAGAUAUUAGGUAAUUCAUUCUAUUUGAGGAACUUUUUUUUUUUUUGAGUCAAAACUGUUUAUAUUACCUAGCAGAUCAAACCCUAUUUGUGCCAACCAAAUUUUUGUACUUUGAGAAUGUUUUCCAAAAUACCUCUCUGCUUUCAAGCCAUUAAUUGCGAAUGAGGUUUUUAGUUUGGCUAAUCCAUUUUUGUGCUCAUCCUUACUGUAUUGCUGUACCCUUGAUUUAAGAACAGUAGAGUGAAAGGAAAUUAGAAGCUACAAACUGUCAAGACUGCAAAUGUGUCAUAAUCACAUCUUUGUGUUAUAAGGAAACUUAGAUUUCCAAACUCAAUCCCUUUAUAAAAGCAACUUUUCCAAGCUAUGUAGCAAUAUUUAUAGUGUGUAAAAUUUAGUUUGAUAGUUGUGAAAUUUUAAAUUCUUAAUCUUAACAGAUGUAUGCUAUGAUAACUAGUAUGCUUACUUUCUUUAAUGCAUGUGAACAUACAAGGCUAAAAAGACUACUGAAGCAGUAUUAGGAAAAGCGGCCACAUGAGGGUUUGUGUAUCAUUGUUAUAUAAACUCUUCCCACCCACUUCUCCGGUCUGGGCACUAAUUAGACCAUUGUCAAAGAACAAAUAGGAGAGGAGCUGGCGCUCUGGGUUUUUGGAGCUGAGAGGCAGUAGCGACAGUAGGGUGGGCCGGGGUGCAGCUCAGUGGUAGAGCGCUGGCCUCCGUGUGCCAGGCCCCAGAUUUCACCCUUGGCAACGCAGGACAAAAGACAGUGGAGUGAGCGUGGAAGGAAGCAGAGCAUCGUCCCCCCAGUUGACACUGUACUCAAAUGUCAAGAGCAGUGGUGCUAACGGCUCAAAAGUGAGGACUGUGAUGAACAUUUUAAUACCCUCAGACAUCAGGCAGGCUCUUCUGUAUUGCUUGCUCCUAAUUGUUUCAUUGUUAUUAGUAAUCAGCAGCUGUCCCGGAAUCAAAGGUUGGUUUGUACCUCACUCUGAUUAGCAUCCCGUUAUUUGUUCAAAGUGCUCGAUGUCUGCUCAACUUUGGUGAAAAUCUCUUUUGAAGACAUUCUCUGAGCCUUAAAAAUGGCGGAUAUCGACAGUACUGUAAGAUGCACUGCCAGCAGAUUUGAUACUUUCAUUUCAGUAGAGACAGUGAUGUUUUCUAAGGAAGACUUAGUCUGCUAAGCCUAAGGGUUGUUUCCUUCAUGGAAUGAAGAACUCAGCAUGUCUCAUUCAGAGCGCUUCCUUUGGAAAGGCUGUCUUCGCAUUUGGGGAUGUUUCUGGAGGCAUCCCUUGGAGAUGCUGCCUGAACAAUCUCUGCCAGGUUGUACCAGUUUUUUUCUUCCUAAAUGUACAUAUAUUCCUUAAACUGUCUUCAUGUGUUGAACGGUUAAUAUCUGUAAUAUUUUAGGUACCUAUUGGAUUUUUAAAGACAGAAUAUUUAUUUUCAAGUUGCUGCUAUAAUUGAAAACUUAAUAACUGGUCCUGUUGACUGUGCCUUUCAUCACUGUUUCUCUGUGCCACAACCGUUCGUGUGUAUUUGAAAUAAAGAGGUUUAAAAAGCCA